AUGGCAUUGAUGAAUGGCAGAAGCCACCAGUUCCCAAGGGGCACUUCUGACAGACUUUCUCCCCCACCCCCUCCUCCUUACUGGUCAGGCUCUGCUGAAAAACUGAUGUGCUACUUCACCAACUGGGCCCAGUACCGGCAGGGGACAGCUCGAUAUUUACCCAAGGAUGUGGACCCCACCCUGUGUACCCACCUCAUCUAUGCAUUCGCUGGCAUCAAGAACCACCAGCUCAGCUCUGUAGAGUGGAAUGACCAACUUUUCUACCAGGAACUAAACGGCCUAAAGAAGAUGAACCCCAAGCUCAAGACUCUCUUAGCCGUUGGGGGCGGGAGCUUUGGUACCCAGAAGUUCACAGAUAUGGUGGCCACAGCUUCCAACCGGCAGACCUUUGUCAACUCAGUCAUAAGGUUCCUGCGCACUUAUGGCUUUGACGGCCUUGACCUUGAUUGGGAGUACCCAGGAAGCCGUGGAAGUCCAGCAGCAGACAAAGAGCGAUUCACAGUCCUGUUACAGGACUUGGCCAAGGCCUUCAAGGAAGAAGUUCAGUCCUCAGGGAAAGAGCGGCUCCUUCUGAGUGCAGCUGUACCGACUUGGCGAGGCUACGUGGAUGCUGGUUAUGAAGUGGACAAGAUUGCUCAGAGCUUGGAUUUCAUCUACCUUAUGGCCUAUGACUUCCAUGGCUCCUGGGAAAAGACCACAGGACACAACAGCCCCCUCUACAAAAGGCAAGAAGAGAGUGGGGCAGCCAGUGAGCUCAAUGUGGAUGCCGCCGUGCAGCUCUGGCUGCAGAAGGGGACCCCUGCCAGCAAACUGAUCCUUGGCAUGCCCACCUAUGGGCGUUCCUUCACCCUGGCAUCCUCAUCAGACAGCAGAGUUGGGGCCCCAGCCACAGAGGCCGGUACCCCAGGCCCUUAUAUUAAGGAAAAGGGGGUUCUCGCUUACUUUGAGGUCUGCUCCUGGAAGGGAGUACACAGAAUCAAGGACCAGAAGGUGCCCUAUGCCUUCCAGGGCAACCAAUGGGUGGGAUUUGAUGACAUGGAAAGCUUCAGAGCCAAGGUCAGCUAUCUGAAACAGAAGGGGCUGGGAGGGGCCAUGGUCUGGACCCUGGACUUGGAUGACUUCACUGGUUCUUUCUGCAACCAGGGCCGGUACCCUCUCAUCAGGACACUACAGCAGGAGUUGAACCUUCCAUCCGUACCUCCAAGAAGCCCAAAACAGAAAGAAUCUGGGCCACACCAGCCUUCUGAGCCAAAGCAGGGAUCCAGCCCAGGGCUAGACACCUUCUGUCAAGGCAAAGCCGAUGGGCUGUACCCCAACCCUGGAGACAAGUCCAGUUACUUCAACUGUGCAGGGGGGCGGCUAUAUCAGCAAAACUGUCCCCCAGGCCUCGUGUUUAGUGCCUCUUGCAAGUGCUGUACCUGGGGUUGAAUCCCCCAAAGCCUGCCUCUGUUUACCCUAGGGGCUGCUGGCCUUUCUCUGUUCUCUUCAUGACCCGGCUUCGGGCCAGCCUCUUGGCUUACUUUUUGUCUCUCCUGGGCUGCCUCUUUACCUGCAGAAUAAAUAUUUA